ACCGUCUGGCUGCUGGUGGGCUUCCCGCUCACCGUCAUCGGGGGCAUCUUCGGGAAGAACCGGGCCGGCCCCUUCGACGCCCCCUGCCGGACCAAGAACAUCGCCCGCGAGAUCCCGGCCCAGCCCUGGUACAAAUCCACGCCUGUGCACAUGACCAUCGGGGGCUUCCUGCCCUUCAGUGCCAUCUCGGUGGAACUCUACUACAUCUUCGCCACGGUGUGGGGCCGGGAGCAGUACACCCUCUACGGCAUCCUCUUCUUCGUCUUCGCCAUCUUGCUGAGCGUGGGCGCCUGCAUCUCCGUGGCCCUCACCUACUUCCAGCUCUCGGGCGAGGACUACCGCUGGUGGUGGCGCUCGGUGCUCAGCGCCGGCUCCACCGGCGGCGUCAUCUUCCCCCCG